AUGCCACGUAAGCUACGUAAGAAUAUACGUAAGAGGAAGAGAGCAUUGAAACAUCCAAUAGUAAAACUGACACCACAACAACAGUUGCAACAACAAAUGCUGAAUGACCCCACUAUGUUGCAACAAAUGUCAAGCAACCCUAUGCUCUUAAACCGAGUUCUUGGUGCACAGAGUGGAGGUUUAAGAGCGGCACUUUUAGCGAAAAUGGCAGGCUAUGGUGGAGCUGCAGACGGAACAGCCUAUAACCCUCAAAGUCAAAUGAAUUUGAGUUCACUCAAAAAUCAAAUAGCAGAUGUCAAAAAGUCAAACAUAGACAUACAGAAGCAAAUAAGUGAAAACGAAAAGAAACUAGAAUAUGACAGACACACAAAGAAACUCAAUGAGUUAAACGUAGAGAAAAAGAAGAAAGAAGAACAACUGAAAGAACUAAGUACAGAGGAAUAUGCGAAAAAAGUGUCAGAAAAAGCAGCAGAAGUAGCAAAAAUGGAACAAGAUGUUGUAAAUUUGAAAAACCAUACUACUCAAUAUAAAGUACUGAAAGAUGAAGAGAUAAAACAAAAAGCCCUGAAGACAUAUAUGGAUAGCGAUGAGUAUAAAAAAGAAGUUGAAGCAAAUGUAAAGGCAGAAAAACUUUUACA